CAAUGUGCUGUGAACUCAUUCCCGUAGUCCCGUAGCCGUCGUUGUUUAAUCUUCAACGGUCAAACUCUCUGUUCGCAUUAUUUUCUUCCGGUUUCAAUACCCUUUUCGGUAUCAUAGAAAUUGUCCCCACGCUUAAUGGUCUUCCUCUUCCCCAUUUCCAGGUGAAUCCUUGGUAGUUUCUCUGUUUAAAACCCUAGUUUUAUUUUAGUCAGCAGAGCCGUCACGAUAUUAGCGAAGAAGAAGAAAAAGAAGAAGAGAUAAAGAAAUGGAUAAUUCCACCCAAGAAUCUCAUCUGAGAUCCGAGAAUUUCUUUACUCAUGACUCUCCAUACCCAAUUUACGCCAUGGCGUUCAGUUCCUCUUCCGACCGAAUCCACCGUAUCGCUGUCGGUAGCUUCUUGGAGGAGUACAAUAACAAGGUAGAUAUCAUCUCUUUCGAUGAGGAAACCCUGACUUUCAAAACCGAUCCCAAUCUCUCCUUCGAUCACCCUUAUCCACCAACCAAGCUUAUGUUCCAUCCCAACGGCGCCAAAUCCCUUCGCAAAUCCUCCAAUCUCCUCGCCUCCUCCGGUGACUAUCUCCGUCUCUGGGAGGUUCGCGAGAACUCCAUCGAGCCCAGAGCGCUUCUCAACAACAGUAAGACCAGCGAGUUCUGCGCCCCCCUUACGUCCUUCGAUUGGAACGAUGCGGAGCCUCGGCGAAUUGGUACUUCUAGCAUCGAUACAACCUGCACGAUUUGGGACGUCGAGAGAGGGGUUGUGGAUACGCAGCUCAUUGCUCACGAUAAGGAGGUUUACGACAUUGCCUGGGGUGAGGUUGGUGUGUUUGCUUCUGUAUCGGCUGAUGGAUCGGUUCGGAUUUUUGAUUUGAGAGAUAAGGAGCACUCCACCAUUGUAUACGAGAGCCCGCAGCCUGACACCCCCUUGCUUAGGUUGUCUUGGAACAAGCAGGACUUGAGGUACAUGGCAACCAUUCUGAUGGAUAGCAAUAAAGUUGUUAUUUUGGAUAUUAGAUCACCGGGUUUGCCAGUCGCGGAGCUGGAGAGACAUCGGGCGUGCAUCAAUGCCAUUGCAUGGGCCCCACAGAGUUGCCGCCAUAUCUGUUCAGCAGGAGAUGAUGCGCAGGCCUUGAUUUGGGAGUUGCCCACGGUCGCAGGUCCAAACGGGAUCGAUCCCAUUCUGGCAUACACGGCAGGGUCGGAAAUUAAUCAGCUGCAGUGGUCAGCUCUUCAGCCUGACUGGAUUGCGAUUGCAUUUGCCAACAAAAUGCAGCUUCUGAAGGUUUGAGAUCCGCAAAGGUGGUGCCAUUGCCCAUUGGUGGGGAUCCUGAAUUUGAAAAGAGCAGUUGCUUGUUUGAUACAUGCUGUUGCGAUAUGUCUUGAGUGUUGGCAGUUUUAUUGCAGAAUUGUCUCUCGUAUAGGCUAUAGCAGCUAAAUUAUGACAUGCCUGCAUAUGCACAUGAGCUGGAUAAGCACGCAAUAUUGGUCACAUAAUUCAAUAAACGCCGUGCCGUCCUCCCUCCUCCCUAUUGUAUUGUAUUGUAUUGUAGUAUGGGUUAAUUGUAUUCUCAUGUACUGCCAGAUUCCACGAGAACAUCUAUCGUACCUUGCUGUGACAGACAAUCGGCAAGUUUACUAUUGUAGUAUCAACAUGUGAUUGCUUUUGCCAUCUUGCUAAGAAAUGCUACUGUUCUUCAAACCA